AUGAGAUAUUUAUUCGAUGCUUCAUCGGGUACUGUAAUUGCCGGUGGCAAUGGACGAGGUUUGACAAAUACUCAGUUAAAUUUUCCUGUAGGUCUCUACUUUGAUUCAUCAUCAAAUAGUCUUUUCAUUGCUAAUUCUGUUAGUCACAAUAUUGUUCGCUGGGUGAUAGGCGCCACCACUUGGACUCUUGUAGCUGGUAGUAUUACUGGAACAGCUGGUAGCACAUCAAUACUACUGAAUCAACCUCAUGAUGUUGUGCUUGAUCCAAUAGGCAAUGUGUACGUAGCUGACGGAUUUAAUAAUCGUAUACAAUUCUUUUUGAAUGAUCAACCGAAUGGUACAACUAUCGUCGGUAUUGGUACAGCUACUAGCACUGUGACUGGACUUUUUCUACCUGUUUCAGUGGCUAUUGAUACUCAAUUAAAUGUGUAUGUUUCGGACUAUCAAAACCUUCGAGUACAAAAAUUUCUAUCAUACUGAACGAUAAGAUUAUUUACUACUAAAGAAGCACGGACUUCGAGCAUCUGUCUCCGUCUUUUCUGAUUUUAUAUUGAUAUCUGUAUUAGCUUUCACCUGAUAUAUAUAUGAACAGUAGUUUUCUCUUCGCCUUACUUAAAAAUUGCUGUAUUAUAGGUAUAACAAUACUUUAUCAGCGACUUUGAAUAUAAUGUAUACUUGUCUAACGAGUGAAUAAAUUAAAAACGAUUCUCAUGAAGUAACUGUCUAGAUCGCUGUUAGCGCUGACAUGCCUUGCUUAUGCUAAAGCUUCAUCUUUCCAUGUACCACUUAUCUCGAUAUCAAGAAUUUCAAUAAACAAUCAGAAUUUAAAUGUACACUCUUUAGGAAAUAUCUAAUGCAUCGCACUUAAUAUCUAAUAUUAUGUGAAUCAACAGAGUGUCGUAAGCCUAUUUCUUAUAUUGAUGAGAACGGUUUCAGCGUUAAUUAAACUUUCAUGACUCAGAAAACAUAAGUGAGCAUUUUAUAUUUUGCAAAAGAAAAGUGCUAGUCGACAUCUUUCUAGAAAUACUGUAGCAUAACUUAUCUGCAAAAACCUAAGAGAUACAAAAAUUUUCUCCAUCUUCGAAAAAUGAAUCGGAAGUGAAGAUGAGGAUGAGGUCGAUAACAUAAUAAGAUGAAAUUUUACCUAGUUUUCUAUCCUCGAUGAUUUCUCUGUGACUUGUGGCAGAUACUCUAGUGUAAUAUACAUUUACAUACAAAAUAAAUCAAUUCUUCAAUAUUCGUUUUGUAAAUUGAAUAUUCCACUAAAGCAUAAAUUCAAACGAUUAUCGAGAAAUACGAUG